GAUGAGAGAUAGACUACAAAGGAUGUCCGGCUCAACCAUGGAAAAGAUUCUGGAGUAGUCGUCUGGUUUUUUUGGUUUUGGUUUGCGUGACGUUUUCAUGUGUGUCCCCUGGUCCCUUGUUUACGGUGUCCCAGGGGUAUCAAUCGGAAUUCAAAUAAAAAAAACAACUUCAACAACAAAAAACAACUUCAACAGAAAAACAGUUUCAAGAAGAGAAACGAUGCAAAUAUAAAAGGAUGAAAAAAAACCGCACUGCAAAAAGGAAAUAAUGUACCUUUGCUGUUGCAAAGACAAAUAUACGGUUGAGGGAGAAACGACAGAGGACAACAACAACAACAACACAGGGGACAAACAAUCUGAGGCCGCGGUGGCGGUGGUGUUCUCCUCCUUCCCCUGGGAGAUCCCAGACGAAGUUUUAGACGUUCUGGAGGACCUAGAUGAUGCACUGGACAAGGAGCUGGAGGAGAGGAGGGAGCGGAGGGAGCAGGAGUUGAGAGCCCUGCUGGACAAUGUUCUUCUGGACACAGCCUCUCGGGCAGAAGAACAUGAUGAUAAUGAUAUCAUGGCCACUGGAGGGACUGCAAAUGUGGAGGAAGACUCGUCCUCUUCCGAUUUGAAUAUGACCCCUGGAGAGGCCGAGAAGGUGGUGGAACAAUUCACCUCCUCUGGUUUUGAUAAGACCACUGGAGAUGCCGAGAAGGUGAAAAAGGGUGCCAUUGUCUCAGAGGGCCCUGUCCAGGGUGACAUUGUCUCCGGUGACCUUGGACUUGGUGACACUGUCACGGAUGACCUUGGGCUUGGUGACAUUGACCUCGAGCUUGACCUGGAUGGUAUCAACUGUAACCUGGGCCUGCAGGACUUUGAGGACAUGAUCCAGAACUUCAUGGAGUAA